GAGCCUAAUGAGGUCUAAAGACAAACAGCAAAGCGAGUGAAAAGUGUCUUUAAAAGGAAGGAGAGUAGACAAAGAGAAGAAAAUACAGAAACGAUUGAUACAAACAUGAGCACAGAAGGAAAUCAGAAUGCAGGAAGCGGAGCAGUGAAUGGGAAAUGCAACAAAGCUGAGUGGAAGUGUCCCAUAAAUGACCCCAAAUUUCCCAAAGACGAUGUAGUGAAGAUAUGGAAGGAAUGUCAGUACGAGAGCUUCUGGUAUCGAGCUCUUCCUCUGUCUGUCGGGAGCAUGACUGUGACAGGUGGCCUUAUAUACAGUGGUGUCUGGAAUAAGUCAAAGCGAUUUGGGUAUUUUCCCAAACUGAUUUUGGCGGGCAUUCUGGGUUAUGCAGUAGGCAAAGCUUCCUAUAUCCCGACUUACAGAGAGAAGUUUACUAAACUGGAUCCUGAGUUCAAAAAAGCGUUUGGUUCAGGGUUUGGACCUCCUGGAUUUGGACCUGGACAUAAAUAUUGUCACCAUGUGUGUGAAAAGUGCAAGAAAGAGGGAACAGAAGCCACACCGACAGCGUCUGAUGCGCCCACUCAAAGCUGAUGUUCAUUAAAAUGAAGAGGACACAGCUCAUUAAACAAUGUUUUUGCAAUGACUUUUUUUUUAAUAAAUAUGAAACUUAACAGCUUACUAAACAAUGUUUCUGCAAUGACUUUGAAAAA